AUGGGUCUCGUCACGUUGAAAAACCUCCUCUUCGGCCGCACACCGCCCCCCGCCCGAUCCAAGGCCGCCAUCACUACCAACGAGCGCGCCGAAAGCACAAUGUCGGAUGAGACUGUCGUUGACGGCGGCGACCUUGAGAGACAACCCCUGCUGAGUUCUGGGGUCCGGACGGCUUCAACGGCGACCAUGGCGACGGCGGCCUCAGAGACCUCUUCGACCUCGACAAUGUCUUCCGAGAGCGAGUCUCGCCGCUUCCGUUUCGACGCCCGUGUCAUCUCCGACGCCACGAUCGGACUGUCGGAUGGCUUGACGGUGCCCUUCGCCCUCACAGCCGGCUUGUCAGCACUGGGUCAGACAAAGGUCGUCAUCUUUGGUGGUAUGGCCGAGUUGAUUGCCGGAGCGAUAUCCAUGGGGCUCGGUGGCUACCUCGGAGCCAAGAGCGAGGCCGCCUCGUACAAAGAAACCCGCAAUGAGUGCACCCGCCUGACGCGCGAGGACCCGGCUCUCGCCCGCGCCCAGGUCGUCGAGGUCCUCGAGCCCUACGGCCUGCCGAAGCAUACCCUCGAAGAGGUGACGGACCACCUCUCGACGUCGCCGCGCCUCAUCGACUUCCUCAUGCACUUCCACCACUGCGAGCAGGAGCCCGCCUCGAACCGCGCCUUCGUCUCGGCCCUGACCAUCGCUGCGGGCUACCUGCUCGGCGGCCUUGUGCCGCUGUUCCCGUACUUCUUCGUCCCCACCGAGGACGUCUACCUCGCGCUCUACAUCUCCGUUGCCGUCAUGGCCGUUGCGCUGUUCGCAUUCGGCUACGUCAAGACGUGUAUCGUCUCUGGUUGGUCGGGCGUGCGCUGCGUGAAGCAAGCCGUCGUCGGCGGGUUGGAGAUGGUCGUCGUUGGUGGUGCCGCGGCAGGCGCGGCAAUGGGGCUGGUCAAGGCGUUCGAUCAGCUGGCGCAGUCUGAUGGUGUAUCAGCGUUGGCGAGCAAGAUGUUCUAA